AAAUAUCGUUGUGGGUAUGAUAUGUGCGUGAGAGAGAGAGAGAGAGGAGAUUUGUGUGUGUGUGUGUGUGUCCCACAACUGUUCGUGCCCUCUGCUGGGCAAAACUGCCACCCCCAAUAAUGCUUGGGACCUUGCAAACCAGACAACUCUCUCUCUCUCUCUCUCUCUCUCUCUCUCUCUCUCUCAAGUUCCCACCAUCUCUUCACCGUUCUCAGAUACAUCAUCAGCUACCGCUAUGUCUCUUGUGAAGCAGUAACCCAGUUUGAGAGUUGAAUAUCCCACCUUUCAUUUUUCACCAAAAAGCUCUCCAUUUUCCCCCCUUUAAUCACCAAAGAUUUGACACAAAUUACCAAUUUUCUAAUUAUACCUGCCUGUGCCGUGAGUGGUGGCUGUUUCACUUCACGCAUCGGCAUUUAUUAUAUUCUAUAUACGAGAGUCUCGUUAGCAUCAGAAAACAAAAGAAUAUAUUUGCGGUGCGGAAGAAUAAAGCGUUUCCUUCUUCUGCCUCUUUAGGGAUAUCAUUUAUUACUAUUGUUUCGUGAGUAUCACUAUACGGAAUGUUGGUCACCAGCUACAGUGAGACCGAAAUAAAUUAAGAUCUCUCUCACACUCAGUUCUGAUGAUGGAGAGGAUUCAAGGACCCAUCAAUUCCUAUUUCUUUGGUGAGCAUUUGGAAGUAAAUUGUUUCCAGCAAGGUUUCAUCAGCACAGAGGAUGAGGAACAACUUUAUAUAUCGAGCUUAGAGGAUGAAAAGAUGCCAUUCUUGCAGAUGUUGCAGAGUGUGGGAUCUUCACAACAGUUUUUCCCAUUCGCAGAGGCAAAUUUUCAAACCUUCCUAAGGCUACAGAACCUGAAGAAACAACAACAACCAUGGGAAGACAAAGUUCACUUGCCCGGAUUGGAGACCCCAAUCCAAGCUAAGGAACUUGAAAGCUGCGUCACACACGACGUUGUCGAGAUACACUCGCCAAUGAAAUCCCAAACCAACGAAGAAUCUCAUCUUCCUCCUCGUUCAGCCACAACGGUUCAGAAACAACAGACCAAUCAAGCUGAAAAUUCCAGCAGAGGCCCCAAACGGAGAAAGCGAAAGAGAACGAGGCCAGUCAAGAACAAGGAAGAAGUGGAGAACCAGAGGAUGACCCACAUUGCCGUCGAACGAAACCGGCGACGCCAGAUGAACGACCAUCUCAGUGUUCUUAGGACCCUCAUGCCCCCUUCCUAUAUUCAGAGGGGUGACCAAGCGUCUAUCAUCGGAGGUGCAAUUGAUUUCGUGAAGGAAUUGGAACAACUACUUCAAACCCUCGAGGCACAGAAGAGGAUUAGAAAGAACGAAGAAGCUAGGUCUCCUUACGGAGAGACUGUGAAAUCAUCAUCACUGAACAACGAAGAAAGAGAAGUAGAGCAUGGUGGGGAAGAAGAAGAACUGAAGGAAGCAGAGAUCAUAGAGGUGACGGUGAUUCAGACGCAUGUGAACUUGAAGAUUCGAUGCAGCAAAAGACAGGGACAACUGGUGAGAGCCAUUGUUGGGUUGGAAGAUCUUCGGCUUAGCGUUCUUCAUCUUAACAUCACCUCCUCGCCGGGAUCGGUGCUAUUCUGUUUCAAUCUCAAGAUUGAAGAUGAGUGUAAGCUAGGAUCGGCAAACGAGAUAGCAGAAGCAGUUCGUGAUAUAUUCGGUACGAUAUAUAACUAUUAGGAGGAUAUAUAUAUAUAUAUAUAUAUAUAUAUAUAAAAGCCGUGAGGUUGAAGAAUAAAAGGACGAGGAGGAGGAAGAAGCAAAUGGCAUGCUUUGGAAGAGAAACGGGGAACACAGGGCACUCAAAAUCUUGUCUGCUUUAUCCACGUGAGUUGUAUCUGUAUGUACUCUCUUCAGUACAACAACAAGGAUGGCGCAAUCAUAUAUAUGUAAUGCCCUUUCUUUCUGUUAAUUUCAUUGUUGUUAUCAGAAUUAACCAUGCGUAAUGUUAAGUUUCAUAUAAAUAUCAUGUUUAGUUAUUGUUU